AUGGACACCAAUACACACGGCUUUGCCAUCACCCACACCCAGCCCCAUAGCAACUCUCGGCCCCACAGCCACAGCGGCUGCCAGUGCAACUGCUGCCAUCACUGCCAGAACUGCGGCCAGAGCCAGAGUUGCAGCUGGAGUCGGAGCUCCAGCCAGAGCCCUACCAGCCCCCACAGUCCACCUGGCCACCAGAGCCUGAGCCACAGCCUGCCACCCAGGCGCCACAAACAGAUUAUGCUCUCCCACCACUCUCCCACACGGCCCACUGGACAUUGCAGCAGCUGCCCCAAGAACAGAAGAAUCUUGCGUGGAAAGGUGAACAAGAGAAAGGUGGCCAAGAGGAGCCGGCAGCUGUACAAAACAAAAAGGCAGUGCUCAGGUAUGCUUUAA